CCGUAGAGGGCCUUUAAUUCCGAUAUACGUUCUUAUGGUGUAGUGCGAUAACGCAAUAGAGGUUGUGGCCUGGCUUAUGCUUGGCGAAUCACCGCCAACCCCUUGACGUUGUAAUUCAGGCCGGGCUCAUCUAUCUAUGUAAAGGCUACCGCCGCCGGGCCGGCUGGCCACUCUUUUCUUGUUCUUCAAGGCGAGUCCGCUUGCCCGAGACCACACCUGUCAGAGGUUCCAAAAGAGAAUCCGUUAUACCUAACUCUGCUACAGGAUAUUUCCCAUAGGGCUGUUUGUAUAACCUAGCAAAACCCAACAUGGCUUCCAGCAGUAGUAAAGUCGACGUCAAAGUCGACAACACGGCGGUCUCAGAACGCGGUACCGAUGUUGCUGUAGAUCAAGGCUUAUCCGGCGCCGACUUGAAACUCGAGAAGGCCGUGAUGAAGAAAAUAGAUCUAUGGCUAGUUGGCUUUUAUUCAUUGGUUUACGUCUUUAGGGUUAUCGACUCAUCCAAUUAUUCAAAUGCAGCCAUCAUCAAUCUUGAAAAUGGCACAGGUAUCAAGAAGCAGCUAGGGCUGAGCCCUUCUCAAUGGGCCUGGACGUUGUCCAUAUUCUCCUACAGCUAUAUGAUUUUCGAGCCUUCAAACACCCUCGCUAUGAAGGUCUUUUCACCUUCGAGAUGGAUGUUUGUACUCAUUCUCGGCUGGGGUAUAUCUGCCUGCUCAUCUGCAGCAGCACAAGACUUCGCAGGUAUGAUGUGUGUUCGGUUUGCCAUUGGGCUGGCUGAAGCUGGGUUCUAUCCUGCCGUAUUAUACCACAUGGCAUUCUGGUAUAAGCCUAUAGAAAUGCCACAGAGGAUUGCUAUUUUUUACUCCCUUGGCCAGCUUUCCCCGGCGGUGAGCGGCUUGCUUGCCUAUGCUAUUGGCUUCAUGGACGGGCUAGGCGGCCUUGCUGGUUGGCGAUGGCUUUUCUUAAUUGAAGGUUUGCCUGCUAUUGUGCUCUCAGUUGGGGCGUUGUGGCUACCGGAUUACCCCGAGACAGCUCGGAUGCUCACAGACGAAGAGCGAGACUUUUUACAAGACCGUCUCGAGAAGACUGCCCCCUCCGGAAGAAAGGGGCACUGGGAUUUCGAAUCGGUAAAAAGGCUCAUCAAGGAUCCCACCUUUUAUACGUUCACCUUAUAUUGGAUCUGCCACGGAAUCGGUGGUUUUGGUGUUGGGACAGCAUUGCCCACCGUCAUUUAUGAACUGGGUUUCACAACAACGUCCAACUCACAGCUGAUGAAUAUUCCUCCUUACCUAUGCGCGUUCCUUUUCUUGAAUAUCUUGGGUCACUUUUUGCAUAAAAAGACCAUUAGGCCGUGGACUACUGCCGUUACGAUUGAAUCGACUAUCAUUAUUUGCUAUAUAAUCCUCUUCACAGUCCGCAACGCGGUGGUGAGGUAUAUAUUCUUGAUUGUCGCCGUCUCGUGCGCGGGCUCGGCAUAUCCAGUAAUAUGGCCGGAGCGUAUUCGAGCACUCAGAGGGACAGUUGCAUCUGGGUUAGGCAUUGGGUGGACUAACGCUAUGGCCCAGUUCAGCGGCAUCGCAGGCCCGCAUGUCUACAGCACCGUGUUUGGCCCCUCGUACCAUGUAUCGUAUGGGAUUUGCCUCGGGUUUCUGAGCGUGGGAAUUGCCGCAAUCUUGACUUCCUGGUGGCUUGUGUUACGGAGGGACCGAAACAAUCAAGUAGAGCAGGACCAAGGGGGCGAACAGUCAGCUUAAGCAUUUCUUAAGCAUUUUAGGAUAAAGACUUGUGGACUUGGAGAGUAAUUGAUAUCUUCUAUCUCGUUAUAGUGAUUCAUCUUCCAUUGGGAUAACGGUGUCAAUCUUGUAAAGUUAGAUACAUAAUAUGCAGCCGUUGAAUGCUGCACGUAAAUAUUCGGUAUAAAUACGAGAUGCGGGACAGGGUUAUGAUAUUUUUCGCGUGGCGGGCGGGUGAUGAGAGACAAUGGUCGGGAUAAAGGCCGAAUGAGGAAAUGUACGGAUCCGUACCUGAUGUGAUGCAUUGUAUGUAUGGAUACACUACCAGUGUAUGAUGCUUAGUAGGUACUUGUAUUUUGUAUGUAGGUAGGCAUGAUCUGACUUAUAUCAGGUACCAUUGCACACAUAUUUAUCC